ACGUUCUGUUAAAGAACUUUCGUGAUGGACCUGUCCGAAUAUCGAAGGAGACACAAGUGUCAACUCAAGACGGGUGUUGGGAUGGGGCUCAGGAAUGUCUGCCUUCUUCAACCGCGAAAGCUGAUGUGAUCACGUGUGAGGGCUGUAACACCAAGACAAAGGUGCACCAGAAGUGGACCGGAGCAAGAUGAAAUGCUAGGCUACGAAACACUGCUACAAUGGAAAAGCUAUUGCACCUAUUCCCUUUGGUGCUA